GUGACGUUUAUCUUCCAGUUUGAGGUUAUGUGCACUUAUUAAUACAUUUCGGGUAUAUUUCUAAUAAAAGGAAAAUGUGGGCAGAUACUUUACUAAUCGUUUUUAUAUCGAUAUGUACCGCUUUGUUGGGCGAAGGCCUGACUUGGCUGAUGGUGUACAGAACGGAAAAAUACCAAAAAUUAAAGACUGAAGUUGAAAAACAAAGCAAGAAAUUGGAGAAACGUAAAGAAGCUCAUGGGGAUUCUUUGGAUAAACAGCACAAGAAGAAAAUUGAAAGAGAGGAAGAACGACUGAAAAAUAACAAUAGGGAUUUAUCCCUCGUUAAAAUGAAGUCCAUGUUUGCUAUUGGUUUUGCCUUUACAGCACUAUUAAGCAUGUUUAAUAGCAUAUUUGAUGGAAGAGUUGUAGCAAGAUUACCAUUUUUGCCAUUGACUUGGAUACAAGGUUUAAGCCACAGAAACUUGCCAGGAAACGAUUAUUAUGAUUGUUCCUUCAUAUUUUUGUAUAUUUUAUGCACCAUGUCAAUUAGGCAGAAUAUACAGAAAUUAUUAGGGUUUGCACCAUCUAGAGCUGCUUCAAAGCAAGGAAACAACUUAUUUGGUCCCACACCUCAGUUUAAAUAAGUUUAUUGAAAAAAUGUUAUGUUUAUUAUUUAUUUGAAUGUAUUUUUCAGUCUAUAUAUUUCUUAGUUUUACCAACCAAAGUCUUGAUUUUACAUCUACUUCCCUAUUUU